GACACGCCUACCCGUAUAUGAAUACAGCAACGAGGAAGUAUAGUACAUACAUUCAACUGUUGGCUGUCGAGCAAGUUAGAGGGUCAAUAUGGCAAAUACAGAUAAGGAAAUCUCCUACUGUGAUCUCAAAGCCCUCAAAGAGAAGAAUAAAGACCUUCUGCUUGUAGAUGUGCGCUCCAAAGAUGAAGUAGACAGAGGAUAUAUCCCAGGCUCUAUCCAUAUCCCAGUGGAAGAUGUGGAAAAGGAAUUCUCUCUCGACACACAGGAUUUUCAGGAGAAAUUUGGUGUCCCGAAGCCCCAGCUGGAUAGCCAUGAUCUGGUGUUUCACUGUCAAAUGGGGCGACGUGGAGGAGUUGCUACAGAGAAAGCCAGAAACCUUGGCUUCACCAAUGCACGGAACUAUGCAGGAGGUUAUAAGGAAUGGUCAGAGAAGGAAGGGAAAUGAUGCUGCUCUCCAGUACAAAGCACAGCUGUCCAGUACAUCUAAUCAAGUAGUUUUAGUGACAACUGGACAACAUUCCUCUCACAAGAGAGUAAUCCAUUUUUAGCUUAGACAAACUGUAGCUAUUUAUCAGUAAAGUUAUACCUAGUCAUAAAUAAAUAAAUAAAUAAAUCCUUGAAUUGUAAUAACUCAGGAAUUUGUAAUAAUAAAUUAAUGUUUUCAGUUGCGGACUUUGUACUCAAACCAUACAGACUGUAAAAUUCAUUUAAAUUCAGGUGUUUAAAAAGAAUAUUAUAUUAGAAUAUUAUUAUUAUUAUUAUUUUGUAUGUCAACGCGCAUGCGCACAAACGUCUACUCUGAGGAACACUUAAAAAUCUCUGAUAUAUAGUGCUUUCGGAGAAGCCGGCUGUUUAUUUCUGUUGUCACAAUGACGGACAUCAGAAAGAUGGACAUUUACUUUGCUCUGUGUUCUUCUUUCAGGUAAUAACCGGCUAUGACCAUGUCACAAAUCACUUUUUAUUAUGACACUGAACGCUGCUUUUAACGUCAAUUCUAUACACACACGAAUGUUGUCUGUCAUUAAGCAACUGUUGCCUCAUAAACUUGUGUAAAGCCUUGGAGAUGAAUUAAACAUGGAGUCUGUCCUUCA